AUAUUAGCAGUUGUGGUAUGUCUGUAUGUCUAUGUAGUCUAUGGCUGCCGUUUUGUUUUCAUCCGUUAGUGCUAGAAUGCUUUGUUUGUAAUAAUAAUGUGUUUUCCAUAUUAAGCAAGUAACCGCUAAUUUCUUUAUUAUUUAAAUGCAAUCGUUCCAAAAAUGAUCGAUAAAAUAAUUUAUAUAAUUGUGUUAAUGCUUAUGACCUAUGUGGUAAAACAACUAAUUUCGGAAACGCCUAACUUCGUAAAGUUUAAAUCCAAAUUUCUCAUAUUUUACAUUUGGACAUCUCUUACAGCAAUAGUAUUACUGCCGUUUUUUGUGUUCAAUCCCAAAAAUGUGAAGAAUUCUCUCUUUGCAUCUCAAAUUGUAAAACAUGUUACUAAAAUAAUAGAAGUAAAAUGGCAUUUAAGAAAUGGUAAAGUCCUUGCAGACGACAGAGGUGCAGUGGUAGUUUCAAAUCACCAAUCAUCUAUUGACAUAUUGGGAAUGUUCAAUAUUUGGCAUGUUGCCGAUAAAGUGGCAGCAGUUGCAAGGAAAGAGAUAUUUUAUGUUUGGCCAUUCGGCUUAGCAGCAUAUUUGGCUGGUGUUGUAUUCAUAGACCGAAAUAAUUCUAAAGAUGCCUACAAACAGUUGGAAAUCACUUCUGAAGUCAUGGUGAAGAAUAAAACAAAGAUCUGGUUGUUCCCUGAAGGCACAAGGAAUAAGGAUUUUACCAAAUUGUUACCAUUCAAAAAGGGAGCAUUCAACAUUGCAGUAGCCGCACAAGUUCCAAUUAUACCUGUUAUAUAUUCACCGUACUAUUUUAUCAACAGAAGAAAAUGUAUUUUUGAUAAAGGUCACGUCAUAAUUCAGUGCCUAGAGCCGGUAACCACCGAAGGUCUGACGAUGCGGGACGUGCCCGAGCUGAUCGAACGAGUGCGCAACAUGAUGGACGCCGCAUACAAAGAACUUUCGAAAGAGGUACUGAGCGCACUCCCACCUAACUACCCGCUCGCUACGACGGAUUGAUCUCAGAACAUCACCGCAAUAUUCGGUACUACUAAGUCAUAUUAAUUCACGUAUGUCAACAUACAAGUAUUAUUUCGUGUUUCAUAUCGAUAUUUUAAUCGAUAUGAAAUCAACGUGAUUAUUGUUUUAUUUUGUGACAUUAUAUUCGAAUAGUUUAUUAUCUCGAAGUCAGAAGCAUACGGUUUUUUUUUUUUAAAACGAUAGUAUCGAAUUGAAAUCUAAUUUAAUGUGAAAAGUUGCAAUCACCGAUAUUGAACCUUAUGCCUCUGAUGUCAAGAUACAUUAUUAUUUUUUAAGGAAAUCGAUCCCGAAAACAGACAAAUGGACUAUCACCAGUGAGUGGCCACUGAUAAUCAACCAUCAAAAGUGGAACAGGCUCGUAGAUGAGCAUGUAAACUGCUCAUUCGGGUGUAUUUUUUUUCUCCUCACAAAUACUAGUACGUUCUUGGUGCGAUGUCAAUAUUUUUUCACGUUUAAAAUUAUUAGGCUUGCGCGGUAUGUACGUGCUAACGUGCUUACGUGCUAAAAAUCCCAAUGAGGUAUAUAAUGUCAGGGAACGGAAAUCAUCUUGGCCUAUUAAGCGAAACGCCAAGUGCUCUCCUGUCAAAUGAUGUGGUUCAAAUCCUGCAGGCAGGUACCAAUUAAUGAACGUCGUAUUAUACUUCUACUACGAAGCAGUAGUGCUAUCCAGUUUGAAGGGGGGGACAGUCGUUAAACAAUACGUUUGAGACUCAUUCAUGCCUCAAGACGAAUAGGAGCAUUCACAUUAUGUUCCGUAUGCUCUUUGCUUAUCUAUCGUAUACUAACUGCAUCUUCCCUACUCUUCAACACGAACCAUGACUACUUAAGCAGUUAAUGAUGCAGUAAAAUUAAUAUUUAAAAAUUUUUAAUUAAGCUACACGCAAUAUAAGACUACUAAAAGAAUCACUCACUUGACGCCUGGGGUUAACGUUCAAGCCGGCUUACCCGAGAUAUUCUUGUUUUAAAUUAGUUACCCAAACGAAUAUGGUAUUAUAUUCGUGUUAAGUCGUUAUGUAAUUGUUUCGCGUUUUCGGGAUCGAUUAUCUAAUACUUAGUGCGAUACUCGUGAAAGUAUCGAUAUUGCCAUAAAGUUUAAUUAUCGUAUUUUGUACUUUUACAAUUGUGUAGUUGUUAAAUCGACAAUGAAUUCAAGAAAAAAUUGUCACGUAAUCUAUUCUAAAUAUAUACCUUAAAUGUAUUAUAAAAUUAAUGGAACCUCGGAAGUAUUAGAAAUUGCAAAGAUAUCACGAUUUUAACCGAAAGUAUUUUAGUAUAAGCUUUGAUAUUGAUUUUUUUAUUGAUUGACAACUAAAAUGUACUUAGGUAUAAGACUAUAACCACCCAUCAAUAUUAACUACAUGUCUAGUUUGUACGAAAACUGGAAAAUUAUUUUCCUAUAUUCGUAUUCGAUAGGGAAAACCAAGUAUUUUAGUGUAAGCUAAAUUUUUUAUUAUCCUAGGCCACCCUAGUUCAUUAUCUUAAUUAAACACUAGAUUUAUGUUAUCACGAAUCAAUUGAAAUAAACUGACCGUAAACACUCAUAGUUUCAUGGUUGGCUAAAUCGAUUAAUAUCGAUAUAAUGACACACUUGCUUAACACCCGACUUUGUUCUGAAGCAUACUUAAAAAAUAGAAAUAUAUAUGCUCAAUUGAUAUAAUUUUUUGACAAAUAUUUUGCGAGCAUUUAUAAACAAUUUUCUUUGGAAUAGUUGACUACAAAUAUAAUACCCUAAAAGAUGGCAUUAUUAAUUUUCUAGCCUUCCAUAAAUUAAAAAAAUAUCUGAAUCCUUAGCUCAAAUUUCUAUAUAGAAAAAAUAUUUAUUUUCAAAACAUAUCUAUUGAACAUUCGAUUUUUAAAAAUGGUCCAUGUAGUAUUGUUAGUAAAAUUCGAACCGUACACACAAUGCAUUGUUACGUAAUCGUUUAAUUCCAUUACGUGCUGAAUUUUAAUCAUUCUCUAAACAGCAGUGUACAUUUCAAUUAGUUUGAAAUCGAAUUGCCUGCCUUUUACUCGCUAAUUAAUUUCGCUUCUAACGAUUUUAUUACUAAAUGCCAUAAUUACUAUUAGUUUUAUGCUUCUUUAAUUAUUGGUAAUUAAUUUUUUUCGCUUAAAUCAGUAUUCAAUGUGAACUUAGUUUUAAGGAUUAAUUUAUAAUCGGCGCCAUUGAUUAUUUAGUUUUGUUACUUUAAUAAUUGGAAGAAUUAUUUUAAUCUUCGAAUGUUGCCAUGUUUUGCUAUAAAAAAAAACCCAGUGCAAUAGUAGAAAUUUAAAUUGGCGAUAGUAGUGAUCUCAAAUCAUGUAUUUUGUUUAAGUUGACUGAUAAAUCUAAACAUCCAGUGUUUCAUUAAAUUAAUAUUAACUAAACUUGAAGCAAUUUGGAUGCUAUCAUUGACGAUGUUUUGAAAUAAGCUUUGGUUUAUUUAAACUUAAUAUGUAUGAAUAUGUUAUAAGAGAACUAAUUACAUCGAAUCAUGUUUUUUCAAUGACAGUCAGCUCGGAAAGCCAAACUCGAAAUAUUUAAAAGGCGGUGGACGCUGAAAUAACACAAUUUUCAUAAAAAAGACAACAUGAUGUUACAUUUAAAUAGUUUGACAAAUUAAAAGACAAUAAUAAGUUGAUUUUAAAAUCCGUUUGAAAUUGCAAGCAUGAUUCGUAAAUGAUAUGUCUCAUAUGUUUAUAUAUUUGAAGUAUUCAAUAAUGUAUUUUUCACAUAUACAAAAAUCGACAAAGAUUUGUAUUUUGCCUCGCAAAUACAAUUAAUUAGACACUGCCGUAUCCUAAAGCAAUUUUCGAUUUCGUAUAUUGCAUUCCAGAAAAACAAAACCACUUAUGCACGUUUCAUUAGUAAGAUGAAAAAGAUUUAAAAAAAACAGUUGGUGAAGUGUGUCUGCCCUUAUAAAUCACCUUUUAACAUGUAUUAUAAAAUUUGACAUUAACUGUGACAAUAGCUAAUAAAAUCUUUCAAGAAACAUGAAGUUCCUCUUCAAAAACCUUCUCGAACUAAUAUGAGUGGGUAUAAGGCAAUAAAUCUGUAAUUUAGUUCUCACAAAGUGUAUUACCAACAUUAAUAAACUGGUAAACCUUAUAUAUUAUAUUAACCUAAAACUGGUAAACCUUAUAUAUAUAUUCUUUGACAUGAAUAUUAUUUUGUAUGAUUAUGAUUUAUGGUUUUUUUUUGUUCCAACACUUCAUUUAUGUGUCAAAUAGUAUUAUUAUUAUUUACUUAGUAUUAUUAUUAUUAUUACUACUUAAGACUACAUUAAGAAACUCUAAAAACAAAUAUAUGAUAUGAUCUGAAAUAAGGGCUGAAUACAAUGCUAAGUUAUUAAGUUACAAGCGACAAUGUAUUAGUAUCGCUUUCAACUAUUUAUGUAAAGCAAUAAUUUAAAUAAUAUGCAAUCGCAUUAAUCCAGUGAUAUAGUGAUAAUCAAAAUGACGUUAGGAGGCGACCUGUCUGCUUAUUGGGAGUUUUUAUCGUUCCCGAUAACCUAAAUGUUAGCUCGAAUUUGUAUGAAGUUAGAAUUUUGCCUACGUUUGCCGCUAGGGGCGCUAUUCCAACUUCAUACAAAGUUGAGUUAACUUUUACGCUAUCGAGAACGUUAAAAAACUCGCACCAAGCACACUGAAUUAGAAACAGUCGAUGUAAAAACUAUUUGCAAUAUUAAUAUAUUUUUAAAAUCCUAUGAUAAGUAUUAAAAAUAAAUUGCUUUUUAUCGUUUAAUAUAAAAUAUUAGUGCCAUUUUUGCUUUAAAAAUUACGCUUUUUUUGCUAUGAAAUAUUUUUAUUCGUAGUGGGUAUCAAAAAUUUCCCUAAAAUGUAUUAGUGCAUAUUAUAAAUAUAAUGUAAGUAGAGUUUUAUAUUCAUUUUAUUUUAUAACUCUACGUUUAACAAUCUGAUCUAAUAGAAAUAUUCGUUAUUGAAUAUAUAAGAUUAUGCUAAAAUGUUAUUGAUUUUAUUUGAUACUUCAAUGAUAUAAUCAAUAUUUUGUAUGUGCAAGAUACUUUGGUUUUAAAUAGUAUGACUUUAUAUAAUAUGUUAAUCGGCACGAGUCUUGAGCUCUCGAUAAAAGAAUGGCGGGCCGUCUGCGCAUCGUACACAUAGGGUCAAAAUAAAUGGUUCACUCAUAUUUUAUAAUAUUGUUUUAUAAUUAAAUUAACUUCGUUCAAAUGUAGUUUGCUGCAGUGAUACACAACUGACGGCAUGUGACGUGACGUGGAAAAAUCCAAUCACGUCAUCAAAGUGGACGGUGCAACCUUCCCCCCCCCCCCCCCCUCCCCACCUUGCUUCGUUCCCCCAAACAGACCCAAAAAUGGACUUCUGCGCAUGUCUAGAUCAGAGCUCACGACUCGUGCUGAUUACUAUACUUCUUUAUAUAGCACGUUACAUUACAUUUCAUACACAUUUACACGAUAUUCUUAAAACUCCUAAAUAUUAUAGGAUAUAAUCAACACCGUUUACUUUAUAGGCAUAUUGUAAACAUAUUGUGAGUAUUCUAUAUAUUUUUGUAAGCAUAUUAUAUAUAGUGAACUUUGUACGAGUAUAUUCAGAUUUUGUAGAACUGCUUAAAAACUAUCAAAUUCAUAGUUUAGGUACUUGUGUAUGUGUACGAAAUUUAUAAAAAUAAUAAUAACGAAAAUAUGAAUUUUCAAUAAUAUAUACCUUCUCAAGAUGGUUAAGGAGAACUUGAGGCUUGAGAAAUCUUCAAUGAAACAUUUUUUUAACUAAAUAAACCUAACCUAAAUAUCAUUUUUGUGUUGGUAACAUAGUUUAUAUAAAAUGACAGUGAUAUUUUCUGUAGUGAAUCUGCCAAAUUCAUUCAAUAAUUUUGCAAUAUUCUUGUGAUUCGAACGAAACUUUUGGAAUUCAAGUCAAACAUUUUAUAUAAUUUUUUUUUUCCGUGUAUUAUAAUAAAACCUAAAUUAAUAUGGUUGACCAAAACAAAUUACGAAAAAUAGAAUAAAAUCGGUAUUUUUUGUGUUAUCAAUCUAUGUUUGUUUAGCUUUCUACUUGCAUCUAUCUGAUCUAGAUGAAAGAUCUAGUAAUUGCUUACCAUCAAAGUGGAUUAUUGUUUCUAUAUAAAACCGGUCCUUUUAAGUCGAAACUUAAUUCUAUAUGAAUGUUCUCACUCAGAAAUCUCACGAAAUUUAUAAAGACUACUUAAUCCCUGUCUCAACUGUAAAGUAUAGAUAUAUACCAGAUCUGUGCAAUUGCUUUCUAUCAAUUUUGAUGUUUUUGUCUAGAAAUAUAUUUGUAUGUAAUAAAAGCAAUAAGAAUCGUGGAA